UGCCCAUCUCUUCUAAGAGCAAUCCGAAGGUCUGAAAUCUCGAUUCUUGUCAUCUCUAAAAAAUAUGCAGAUAGCAAAUAUUGUCUCUUGGAACUUGCUGAGAUUUGGGAUUGCCAUAAAUCUAACGGUCAAACCAUUCUACCUGUAUUCUUUGAUGUUGAGCCACGGGAUAUUCGACAUCAGACCGGAAGUUUUGAGGUUCUAUUUCAGGAACACCAGAGGAUGUAUAAGUCUGAUGAUGUAGAGAGUUGGAAGAAUGCUUUGAAAGAGGUGGGGAAUCUAAAGGGAUGGACUCUCAAAGGGGGUGCAACCAUUGAGGAUCAGUCAAAUUUAGUCGAGUUAAUUGUUCAAAGGGCUUUGAGAGAACUAAACAACACACCAUUGGAUGAAUGUAAACACCCUGUUGGAAUAGAUUCCCACAUUGAUAAACUACUUCCUUUGUUAGAUAUUGAUUCCGAUGAUGUAAGAUUUGUGGCAAUAUGUGGCAUGGGCGGCCUUGGAAAGACAACUAUUGCAAAGGCUGUCUAUAAUUGCAUCUUUAGAAGCUUUAAUGGAAGUAGCUUUCUUAUAGAUGUGAGAGAAGAAGCUUCACAAGGAAAUAAGGGUUUAGUUUCUUUGCAAAAGCAACUUCUUAAAGACAUCUUUGACAGGGAUCAAGACAUAAGCAAUUCUUCUCAAGGAUCAAAAUUGAUAGAAAAGAGACUCCAUAGAGAAAAAAUUCUUCUUAUUCUCGAUGAUGUGGAUGAUUAUGAACAACUUGAUGCAUUAGCUGGUGGAAUCAAUUGGUUUGGUCAAGGAAGCAGGGUCAUCAUAACAACUAGAGAUGACCAUUGUUUGAAUGUACAUAAAGCUGGUAAAAGUAUUAAAAUAUAUAAGCCUGAAGAACUAAAUGCUGAGAAUGCUCUUCAACUCUUUAGUUUGCAUGCCUUUUCAAUGAGCAAACCUCCUGAUGAUUUUAAAGAGCUUUCAUGUGAAGUUGUGCAACAUGCUGGUGGGCUACCUUUAACCCUAGAGGUGUUGGGUUCUUUUCUAUGUGACAAAAGCGAGGAAGAAUGGGAAGAUACAUUUCGAGGAUUGAAAAAUAUCCUUCAUAACAAGGUCUUUGGAAUGUCAAUAAGAAGCUAUGAUGACAAGGUCUUUGCAAGGUUGAUGAUAAGUUUCAAUAAACUAAGUCACCAAGCAAAAGUUAUAUUUCUUGAUAUUGCAUGCUAUUUCAUUGGAUGGGAAGUAGAAAAAGCAAUUCCAAUAUGGGAAGCUUGUGAGUUGUAUCCAAGAUUAGCCAUAAAAGAACUCACUCAAAAGCACCUCCUAAAGAUUGAUGUUGAUGGCCAAUUGAGAAUGCAUGAUGAACUUCAAUUUAUGGGAAGGAGAAUUGUCUUGAAAGACAUCAAUGGGGAUCCUGCCAAGCUUACUAGAUUGUGGUCUGCUGAUGAGAUCUCAGAAGUAUUAGAAAAAGGCAAGGGAACUCAAAUGGUUGAAGGUAUCCUCAUUCCAUUUGGACUGCACAUAGAUGAUUUAAGCUUUGAUGACUUUGCCAAGAUGCCCAAUUUAAGAUUUCUCUUAGUUGGCAGUUAUAAGGGUAACAACCUCAUCACUGGGGAUUUUUCGCACCUUCCUUCUAAAUUAAGAUGGUUCAGUUGGUUUUAUACCCCUUUGGAAAUAGUACCAGCCAAUUUUUAUCAUGAGGAACUAGUUCAUCUUGACUUAUCAAGGAGUGAAAUCAACCUAGCUUGGAAUGAUAGACCUCAAAAUAAUAUAAAGAGGUUUCAAAAAUUGAAGAUUCUUAUUCUCAAAAGCUGUUAUCAUCUCUCAGACUCUUUCGACUUCUUCUCAUGGUUUCCAUGUUUACAAAGAUUGGAUCUGACGGACUGCCGUUAUCUUUUGAAACUCCCGGAUGGUAUUUGCGAGCUGGCUUCUCUCAAAAGUCUUAUACUCCACGGUUGUUUUUCAAUCAAGAAGUUGCCUACGUCCAUAGGUAAUCUAAAACAUUUGGUUCAGCUUUCAGUAAGUUGGACAAGAAUUGAAGAACUGCCUGAUGGUGUAGGGCAAUUAGAGAAGCUUGAGAAAUUAGAUGUUUUAGGAUGCAGUGAGCUGGUGAGGCUACCAACAUCAAUGGGUAGAAUGAGGAGUUUGGUUCACUUUGACAUGACAGAUACUAAGAUUCUAAAAUUACCAGAUGAUUUUUCAAAGCUCUUGAGCUUAGAGGUGUUGAGAAUGAGAAUGGUAUGGCUACAUUAUCAGUCAGACUCCGGGAGGCUUCAACCACUCCAAAUCAGCAAGAGUAGUUUUCCUUCUCAACUUCAGGUUCUAUAUUUGGAACGUUACAUGAACCUUGAAUCUCUUCCAGAGCUUCCCUCCACUUUAACUAGUCUGGAAGUUAAGGAGUGUAUUUCGCUGCAGAUAAUUUCAGAUCUAUCACACUUGGAAUUGUUGAAGGAAUUAUUACUUUAUGGUUGCAAAUCAUUGGUAAGAUUACCGGAUUUGUCAAACCUUAAAAUAUUGAGGAAAUUUUGGAUUAGAAAUUGUGAAAAUCUAGAGGAAAUUCCCAGCCUCGAAGGAACAGAAUCCUUGGAAGAGUUGAAAGUGGAAGGUUGCCCCAAAUUAAAAGAGUUACAAGAUUUGUCAAAUCUGAAAAAUUUGAGAGAAUUAGAGAUUAGGGACUGUAAAAAUCUAGAGAAAAUUCACCUCAUCGAAGGAACAGAAUACUUGAAAGAGUUGACAGUGGAAGAUUGCCCCAAAUUAACAGAGUUACCGGCCACUGCCAAUAGUGCUUUGUUAGAGUCCUCGAUUCCGGUUUCGGUAGACGACCUCUUGGCAAAGGCAGUACACAAGCGCUAUGAGAGGUUGGUGAUGGUAAGGACCAAAGCCAUAAAGGGUAAAGGAGUUUGGUACUGGGCACACCUGGAGCCCAUACUCGUUCAUAAUUUUGAUAAUGGCCUCGCCAAAGCCGUCAAGCACCGUUGUUCGCUUUGCGAUGCAAUUUGUGUUCUCUGUUUCGAACCCAUCUUGCACUUCUUCAGAGCAUCUCAAGAGGGGUACUUGUCCUAA